AUGGUCAAAAGAGGCAAGACCCUAAGUGUACGGAAAUGGCAAGCUGCAUUCACUCCAGAAGGAUAUCUUGAUAUAGGGAAGACACUUAGUCGAAUCUAUCGUGGGGGGAUUCAUCCGUCAAUUAGGGGAGAAGUAUGGGAGUUUCUACUUGGUUCUUAUGAUCCUAAGAGCACAUUUGAUGAUAGAGAGCAGAUACGGCAACGUCGAAGGGCGCAAUAUGCUUUGUUGAAAGAAGAGUGUCACCAAAUGUUUCGCCUUAUUGGAAGUGGGAGGUUUAUCACUGCCCCCAUAAUUACUGAAGAUGGUGAACCUAUUCAAGAUCCCGUGGUACUUAAGGAACUGGCAUCACUUCCUCAAGAAAAUGCUGCUUCCAAUGGUUCCGAACUGGAAAAAGGGCUGCCGGACAAGAAAGUAAUUCAAUGGAAGCUUACACUACAUCAAAUAGGUCUCGAUGUGGUUCGCACUGACAGGACACUAGUGUUUUAUGAGAAGCAAGAAAAUUUGUCAAAGCUUUGGGAUAUUCUAGCUGUCUAUGCCUGGUUUGACACUGAAGUUGGCUAUUGUCAAGGAAUGAGCGAUCUUUGCUCCCCCAUGAUCAUUCUUCUUCAAGAUGAGGCUGAUGCUUUUUGGUGCUUUGAACAUUUGAUGCGCAGACUGCGAGGAAAUUUCAGAUGCACGGAGAGAUCAAUCGGGGUGGAGGUGCAACUUGGUACUUUGGCUUCAAUUACUCAAGUUAUUGAUCCUAAGCUUCAUCAACACUUAGAGACCCUAGGUGGAGGUGACUAUCUGUUUGCUGUCCGGAUGCUUAUGGUUUUGUUUCGUCGAGAAUUUUCUUUUGGUGACUCAUUGUACCUUUGGGAGAUGAUGUGGGCUCUGGAGUACGACCCUGACUUAUUUUCUGUGUAUGAAGACGGUGAAUCAGCAAGUGAAAACUCUGAGGGGUCCAAAGGAAAAGUGAAGUCAAUACGCCAAUGUGGGAAGUAUGAGAGAGAAAAUAUGAAGAAUGGGUCCAAAAGUGCUCAAGCCCCUCUCCCCAUAUCUGUUUUCCUCGUGGCUAGCGUCCUCAAAGAUAGAAGCUCGAAAUUACUGACAGAAGCUCGGGGACUGGAUGAUGUUGUUAAGAUACUGAAUGACAUAACAGGAGAUUUAGAUGCCAGAAAAGCUUGCAGUGGCGCAAUGAAGCUUCACAAGAAGUAUCUAAAAAAGGCUAAGAAGACAUGACAUCGAAAUGAAAUUUAGAAUUCUGCCCGACACAACUGAAUUUUUCGCCCUGUCAAGAAACAAUGGCUGCUUUUUUUUUUUUUCGCACGCUGCUGCUUGAUUUAAUGAGACUCUCAUAUUCUUCAAGAAAAAGUUUGAUCUUGGCCAAAUACUGGGGGAGGUAUUCAGGGAAAUCAAUCUUCAUUGUAUGUAUAUUGAAAAAUAUUCUCUUUAAGGCAUUAUAUGAAACUGUGUUCUUGUACUAUGUAUUAUUGUGUUGCAAUUGUUCUAUGAAAUAAAAAGGAAAAAAGCAAG